UGUCAUAUUUAUUGUUCUAGGGGUUCAUUCUGCUAUAUUAGUGAUUUCCUGUAGUGCUCCUUAGUCUUCAUUCUACUAUUUCAUCCUUGACAUAAUGCAGGGUGCACAGCUCAGAAAGCAUAUUGAUGCCACUCUAGGCAGUGGAAAUCUUAGGGAAGCUGUAAGACUACCACCUGGAGAGGAUUUAAAUGAGUGGCUUGCUGUCAACACUGUGGAUUUCUUCAAUCAAGUGAACCUGCUCUAUGGUACCCUCACAGAGUUCUGUAUCCCCGAGAAUUGUCCUACAAUGACUGCAGGCCCCAAGUAUGAAUAUAGAUGGGCAGAUGGUGUGCAAAUUAAGAAACCUAUUGAAGUUUCUGCUCCAAAAUAUGUUGAAUAUCUAAUGGACUGGAUUGAAGCUCAGCUUGAUGAUGAAUCCAUAUUUCCUCAGAAGCUUGUUACACCUGUUAAUGAGGAAUUGAACUUUAUUUAUUGUUUUAACCAUAUCAGUUUUCCCAUCGACUCUUGCUCGUCGAACACCAAUCCAACCCAACAAAAACCUCCUCCGCUUGGUCGUCACCAAGCGCAGGAUACUACCAAAGCCAAGUCCAGUGAUGGCCAACUAUGGUCGUUGAGCAGCUAUGAGUUCAUAGCCCGACACUAUAGCACUGUUAGCAAACCCAGAUCUGGAAUUUUCCAGCUUUGCCAUAAAUCAUAUCUCCGGGCUCUUGUCCUCUUCCAGGAGCAGGGAAAUGCAUUUUCUUCUUCUUGGGAGAACUUGAGAAUUGAGGAGAGGAAAGUAAAUAAUGGUACCAGUUUUUCUCCUUUGAGGAAUGAGAUGAUGAAGUCACUGAGCAUGGGAGAAAGAGGAACCCGAUGAUGGUGAUAGAGAGGGAGGGCGAAAUUCUCACUGGUGAAGUCUAAUAAGGAGGUUGAAGAGGAUUUUCAUGGAGAUUUUGGGGCAUAGGCCUCCCACCAACGAAGAAGUGGCCUAGGAUUGUGUGGAAUCAAUUGGAAGUGAGUUCAAAUUUGAAAUUGUGGUUCUCAUUCGUUUUACUUCUUUUUGUGUUUUUGAUUCGUGUGUUGUUUUUCUUGGUUUUAUGUAGUGUAGAUAGAUCUAUUUUUUUAUUCAUCUGAUAUUGCUUGGUUGGUCGGUUGUGUGGUUGCUUGAAAAAUACUGAAAAUUUUGCAGAAAUUAUAGUUUGUGAGUCUUGGGUUUUUAUGUUCAUGGAUAAAGAAUGUGAAAUUGA